CGCAAAAGUGUAUUGAAGAACUUUUGUUCUCAAGCAUUAGAUGCAAUAGUGAGUCAAGCGAUUUUUUAUUUUCAACUAAUUCCUCUUGAACGUACAACUGCACGUAAUUAUUUCUCUUAGUUCAAAUAUUUCUUGCGUUCAUGUUGUAUGCAAGCAAGAUAAAAAAAAUUUAAUGCGCCUUUGUAAACUUCGGCUUUACAUUGGAUAAAGUCCGUUAGUUGCUUCAAAGCUUUCAAUUUUUGCACUGACGUCUUAACUCCAUAUAAAAAAAAUCAUUUCAAAGUCUGUAGAAACGUCAAACGGACCGCACCCAUCGUUAGUGACGUGCAUGCCGAGUUUUAUUUAGCUCACCUAUAGGAUUUCGCAAUAUUAAUGUAAAAAUAAAUUUUGAACGCAAUCGCACUCUGUUCCUUUUUACGUGCGAAGGAUUACGGUUUACACGAUGAGGCGCACAUGGCGAGAGAACGAUCGGGAUUUCAAACAACCACUACCAGGUGGAGAAACUACAGAAGCUGAGUUAACAUGUGCUCUGUAUGCAACUAAAACAGAGUUCAAACCAUUACCAGGAUUUGACCCUAAUAUCGAUGACUUACAAUACUUUCGAGCUCAACAAAGAAUUGAUUGUGAUGAAGUAUAUCCUGGAAUAUAUAUUGGCAAUGGGGAGACAGCAAAAAACAAAAAAUACCUUGAAAUGUUAGGUAUAACACACUUACUAAAUGCUGCUGAGGGAAGGAGAUUUGGAUUUGUCAAUACAGAUAGUCAUUACUAUGCAGAUACAGCGAUCAAAUAUUAUGGUAUUCCAGUUACAGACUUACCUACUGCAGAUAUUAGUAAAUAUUUCUACACAGUAGCUGAUUUUAUUGAUGAAGCAAUGUCCACAGGAGGUAAAGCUUUUGUGCAUUGCAUGCAAGGUGUAUCUCGAAGUGCCACUUGUGUCCUCGCAUAUCUAAUGAUAAAAAAGAAUAUAUUAGCGGUCAACGCCUUGAGGAUGAUCCGUGUAAAUCGGGAUGUCCACCCAAACAAUGGUUUUCUUCAACAGUUAGCACAAUUGGAUAAUCAUUUGCGCAGACAACAGCUGCAAUCUCGUUGAACAUAAUUAAUAAUGCAAACCUUAUCAAAUAUAUGUGGAAAAUUUUUUGUUUAUUUAAAAACACAGUUAAAAUUUUUUCUUUCUACUUCUAAAAUUCUUAAAAUUUGUUGUAAAAGUUGCAACAUUAUUUAUGUAUACGUGUAAAAUAUCUAUAAGAAAGUUGACAUAAAAUACCUGUUAAUAUAGUUAAAGCUAUAUUUAACCAAGAAAUAUUUAAAAA